GACCUGAACGCAGGCUGGUGCAGACAUGGUGCCCCUGCUGCUGCUGCCCCUGCUGUGGGGGGGGUCCCUGCAGGAGGACUGGGGGUACAAGCUCCAAGUGCAGGACACGGUGACGGUGCAGGAGGGUCUGUGUGUGCACUUGCCCUGCGCCUUCUUCUAUCCCAGGAGCUCGUGGCCUACCCGUGAGAGGCCCUACAUGUACUGGUUCCGGAGUGGGGACAGCUCCCAUAACUCUCAGCUUGUGGCUACAAAUGAUAAAAGAACAAAGGUGAAGACAGAGUUCCAGGACCGGUUCGACCUCGUCGGGAAGCCCGGGGAAAACAACUGCUCCCUGAGAAUCAGAGAGGCCAGGAGGAGCGACCAGGGACUCUACAGGUUACAAACAGAGAGAGACUAUGGGAGAUAUGCUUACAAAGAUAAGCAGCUGAACCUGCUGGUGGCAGCCCUGACACAGGAACCCGACAUCCACUUUCCGGAGCCCCUGAAGUCCGGCUAUCCCACGAACCUGACCUGUAGUCUGCGGGGAAUCUGCGAAGAAGGAAGACCUCUCCGCUUCUUCUGGGUGGGGGGUGCUCUUGACUCACUGGACCCCCAGACCCUCCACUCCUCGGUGCUGACCCUCACCCCGAGGGUGCAGGACCAUGGCAGCAACCUCACCUGUCAGGUGCACCUGCCAGAAGGUCAGGGCACCGUGGAAAGAACCAUCAGGCUCAAUGUCUCCUACGCUCCACAGUUGAUGACCACGCGUGUUUUGCAGGGAAACUACACAGUCCCGAAGAUGCUGAGCAACGGCAUGUCACUGCCUGUCUUGGAGGGUCAGUUCCUGAGCCUGGUCUGCAUCGCUGACAGCAACCCCCCUGCCAUGCUGAGUUGGUCCCGGGAGGGCAAAGCCCUGAGCCCCUCCCAGCCCUCGGUGCCUGGAGUCCUGGAGCUGCUCCAUGUAGGGGUGGAAGAUGAAGGGGAAUUUACCUGCCAGGCUCAGAACCCGCUGGGCUCCCAGCGCAUCUCCUUCAGCCUCUCUGUGCGCAGUAGCCCCUCUUCCUGCAACUGUGUGACUGAGAAGCAGGAGGGCUCCUGGCCCCUGGUCCUAACCCUGAUCAGAGGGGUCCUCAUGGGGGCUGGCUUCCUCCUCGCCUAUGGCCUCACCUGGAUCUACUACACCAGGUGUGGGGACCCCCAGGGAUCGGGGCCGAGAGGCCUGAGUGAGCCUCUCUCCUUCUCAAGACGGGACUGAGGUGUGGACCUGGAGCCCAGGGGGACAGAUAUGAGACGUCAUGGUCAGCUUCUUCCUGCAACCUCUCAACUCAAACCUUCUCCACUGUACCCCUGGAGUU